AUGACAUACUCUGAGUGUAUCACCAUUGUCGAACACUUCAGGCAAGAAAGUAUAAAGAAGUUAUGUUACUAUGAGCCAGAUAUGCCCUUAUUAGUUGGGCUUACUGUUAUUGCUAAUGAAGGAGACUAUGUUGGCUUCAUUUUUUAUGCUUAUGGGACUCAUGGUAUAAUUUCCCUCUAUGUGAACCAUGAUAGUCAAGGAAUAGAGGAUUGGUUUGGUUCUGACAUAGAAGAAGAAUAUAGUGAUGAUUCAUGUAUUGAUGGUGGUGAAAAUGAAGAUGAAAUUGAUAACCUUAGAGAUGUUCUAUCAUCUAUCAUUCAUAUAUUUGUUUUAACCCUUGAUUUAUGCUUUAUUUACAAGUUUAGUCCUCGAUAG